ACGUCGCGAACGCAUACGAAUUAUGACUUGGUAGCAAUAUUAUUAUCUAUAUUCAGUACACACUUAGCAACUACCUACGUCACAGCGACAACGACGCAACACGCUUUCCGCCAUGUCGAUGUCGCGUCGCCGACAUGAUACCAGUCAUAUACGAGCAGUGGCUAGGCGUUGUCACAUCGACUAUUUGUAAACAUGUGCGAUAAACAUUCAUGUGACAAAAAUAUGCUAUUAGUUAAAACAAUCGAAAAGUUUCCAUGUUUAUACAAUUCUAGUUUGCAUGAGUAUUUGAAAAAGGACAUAACAGAUAAAGCUUGGAGCGAAGUGGCCAACCAUACACAACUUUCUGUUGGUGAAUGUAAAGAAAAGUGGAAAAAUUUACGAUAUGGUCUUCUCAGGAGUCUAAGGCCACAUCCAGACGGUACAAUUAAAAAAAGGUAUUAUUUACACGAUGAAAUGGAAUUUGUGAUACCUUACAUUAAACCAAGCACCAGACAUGGCAAUCUAAUUACGGUUCCGUUUGAGGAAGAUGAUGAAGAAAAUAAUUCUAACGGACCAGAAAUUGAAGAAGCAACACUUGCCCAACAAUAUUUUGAAUUUGAAUGCGUUACUGAACCUCAAAAGAAAAGAUCUAGGAAAUCAGAAAGUUUCAAACCCGUUUUGCCGCCAAAAACUUUAAACGACGAGUGUCAUGAAAAUUCAAGAAAGAUGUUUUUGUUAAGUUUGUUGCCAGAAGUAGAGGUUUUGACGGAAGGUCAAAUGAGAUUUUUUAGAAGAAAAGUAUUGGAAUUAUUGGACGAUUGUAGAGAAAAUCCAAACACAUAUGACAUUAGUAUACUUAAUAAUUGGCAAACUAAACGACCAAGUACACAAAAUGAAGCAAUGAAAUCGGAACCACUGUAAUUUAAUAUAAUAUUACCAUCAUGAGUAUUAAGUAGGUAUCUAAAAGUAUUUGUACCUGUAAAGCUUCGUAUUCAUUAUAAAAGUUAUUGAAAUACUAUUAAAUAGAUACUUACCUAAUGCUCAACAAUUUUAGUAAUGUUGAGUACUAAACGCGUGAUUGCCGUAAGAUGGGUAACACGGGUAAAAUUCUAAAUAUCGAUGAAGGUCCUAAAUACCGAUGAACCACGACAUGUAACAAUGAUCGCGCCAUGACGCGCAUUGUUAUGCAACGUUGCUCAACAUCUUGCGUCACAGAUAUUAUUUAAUGAAUACGAAGGUUUCACAUAUUAUGUUUUGUAGCAAAGAUUUACAUUCAUAAGUAAUAAAUGUUUAAUACAGUUUCCACUUACAAUUUAGCAUAAGUAAUUAAAAGGCAUUUUUGGUAUAUUUUAAUAAUAUUAUGCAUGCUAGGUAAACCAUAUUGGAACAUAAUUUAUAUUAGCAACCUAAAUACAUAAUUCUAAUAUACAAUAAGUUUUAACAUA